GAAUUCACAUCCGCGGGAAAAGAAGCAGCCAGGUCAAUGGAGCCGGAGAAAGAAGGACAUGUCGGAUUGGAUUCACACUUUGAUGUUGGGGCAAUUCUGUGCGAGAAGUAUGGCGAGUGGUCGAAGUGGUCUGCCUGCAGCCGAAAGUGUGAGCAGACCCGAGUUCGACAAUGCCGAGUGAUUGAAGAGUGCGGCAAGAGCUGGGUCAAGGAAAAAAGGACAUGCACUAGAGAAAAUGGCGCCUGCAGUACUUUGUCUUAUAAGGUGAUCGGCAUGCAGAAACGAAACCGUCUGAUCGAGGAGCUUCUCUACGACCUACUGUACGCCUCUUGGACCCCCUGGGGCCCCUGCUCUCGCUCGUGCCGGCAGAGACGUCAGAGGAAGUGCAAGUACAAGGCCAUAUGUAUCAGGUCAUACAUUCAGGUAUGUCCUUU